AAGUGGGAGUGGGGAGAACAACAACUCCGAGUGUCCUGGGGAAUGGCAAAAGUGGUAAAUAAGAAGAAAGAAAAAAGGGUAUUUCGGGGAAGAAAGAGAAAUGAGAUUGAGUUGUUGUAGGAAUCUGAGAAUUGCCAUAAAGCAUCUGAUCCGUGUGGGCAGUGGCAGUCUCUAUCAGAGUAGGCACCUUUCAUCCUCUUCCCAUAAUCAUCUAUUAAUGGCGGAGGAUCUCAAGUCAACAUUCCUCAACGUUUAUUCCACCCUCAAGUCCGAACUCCUUCAUGACCCUUCCUUCGAAUUCACCGAUGAAUCCCGUCUCUGGGUUGAAAGGAUGCUUGAUUACAAUGUACCCGGAGGGAAGCUCAAUCGGGGUCUCUCAGUCGUGGACAGCUUCAAGCUUUUGAAGGAAGGCAAAGACUUGACGGAAGAAGAGAUUUUUCUCUCGUGUGCUCUCGGUUGGUGUAUCGAAUGGCUUCAAGCUUAUUUCCUUGUGCUUGAUGACAUUAUGGAUAACUCUGUCACUCGACGUGGCCAACCUUGCUGGUUCAGAGUCCCUCAGGUUGGUAUGGUUGCCAUCAAUGACGGGAUUCUACUUCGCAAUCACAUCCACAGGAUUCUCAAGAAGCACUUCCGGGGAAAGCCUUUCUAUGUUGACCUCGUUGAUCUCUUUAAUGAGGUAGAGUUUCAAACAGCUUGCGGCCAGAUGAUAGAUCUGAUCACCACCUUUGAAGGUGAAAAGGAUUUGGCCAAGUACUCAUUGCCAAUCCACCGGCGUAUUGUCCAGUACAAAACGGCUUAUUACUCAUUUUAUCUCCCUGUUGCUUGUGCGUUGCUGAUGGCUGGCGAGAAUUUGGAAAACCAUGUUGAUGUGAAGAAUGUUCUCGUUGACAUGGGAAUCUACUUCCAAGUGCAGGAUGACUAUCUGGAUUGUUUUGCUGAUCCCGAGACUCUUGGCAAGAUAGGAACGGAUAUAGAAGAUUUCAAAUGCUCCUGGUUGGUGGUUAAGGCACUGGAACGCUGCAGCAAAGAACAAACUGAGAUAUUAUAUGAGAACUACGGUAAACCUGACCCAUCAAACGUUGCUAAAGUGAAGGAGCUCUACAAAGAGCUUGACCUUGAGGGAGUGUUCAAGGAGUAUGAGAGCAAAAGCUACGAGAAGCUGAUUGGAGUGAUUGAGGCUCACCAAAGUAAAGCAAUCCAAGCAGUGCUAAAAUCCUUCUUGGCUAAGAUCUACAAGAGGCAGAAGUAGUCUUAAGCUCUCCGAACUUCCUGUUAUGUCUUUGAUUCUUCGUUGGUGAUUUGUGUUAUUCUUUUAAGCUCUCUCUGAUUUCAGUGGGAAUAUAAUCCUGCCUCGUUUCUUAAACUAAGUUAUCAUUUUCUCUUUUAUAAAUUUAUGAGAGCGAA